AUGGAGAUAGUUGAAAGUGUUAAUGCUAUCCGUAACGGCAUUUACUUUGUGAGAUCUUCCACACCUAGGAUCAAGGCAUUUGAGAAUCAUGUGGAAUCAAGAAGGAUUCAAAGAGGAAGCUUGCCUCUAGAUGUGAAGACUAGAUGGAAUUCGACUUACAUGAUGUUAGACCAAGCUUUGAAGUUCAGAUUGGCAUUUGACAAGAUGCAUGAGCUUGAUUUUCCAUACAUCAAAUACUUCACGGAUAUAGUGGAGGGAAAGAAAAGGGUUGGACCACCAACGAAAGAUGAUUUUGAUGCGGCUCACAGGUUAGUCCAAUUCCUCAUUAUCUUCUACAAAGCCACAAUUUGUUCUCUCUGCGUCAAACAGUGUUUGCUCCCACAAGUUGUAUCAUGCGAUUGUGACUAUGUCUUCAAACAUCUCUUGCUGAGUACUAAUCCUGGUCCGGAUGAAGUUUUACGUGAGAAAGCCUUUGCAAUGUUGAUGAAACUAGGCAAGUAUUGGGAUCCAUUUGAUAAAAGGGUAGAGAUGAACAAGCUGGUAUUUGUAGCAGCCGUGUUUGACCCAAGCAAGAAGAUGAUCUUUGUUGAGAAAAGUUUUGACAAGCUUUACAGUAAAAGUCCGAGGAGUGAAGCUCUGAAAGAUGAAGUGAGAGAUAUUUUGAAGAAUCUGUUUGAGGAGUAUAGCAGAGAACUAAACAAGAAUGGAAGUGGUGAAUCAGGUUCAAUGGCGCAGUCAAAUGAAGCAUCUACUAGUUCAAAUGAAGCUACUAGUUCUGCUCUGUCUAGAGAAGAAGCUUCUCAGAAAACGGUUCUUGGAAAUGGUCUAGAGUAUGAAAGCAUGAAUGACAUCUACAAGGAGCUUCUUGAGGAUGGAGGUUUUCAAGAGAAGCUGAAUGAGUUGGAUUUGUACUUGAAAGAAAAGCUUGAGAAUCCAAUUUCUUUUGAUGGGACAGAUUACGAUGUGCUUUCUUGGUGGAAGGUGAACACUCCAAAGUUUCCGGUUCUCUUGUGA